CCUAAUUUGCUCUCGUUUUCUCUUCAACGGCUCAGUUCGUUUGAACUUUAUCUCUCUCUCUCUCUCUCUCGGUGGAUUUCUCAACUCGUUUCUUUGAUUUUAUUUUUCGCCCUUUUUUCUUGAAGUAAGAAGUUGUUCAAAAUUUUUUUUUUUUUUGAUGAAAAUGAGUAGUCCAUUAGCUUUACUUGAAUAUGUGAUGAAAAAUUUGGUUGUUUUCUUGGAUGUAAAAGAAAAUGUGUUUGGAAAAAGUGGGAUUUUCAUGUAGUUUGGAUUCUUUGAAGAGACUCAGGAAUUGCUUAUGGAAUAGUGAUAAAUUUUCAAUUUUAUGGUAAAAAAAAAGAACCUUCAGCGAUUUUUUUUUUUUUUAUAAAAAAAUUAGUUAUUUAAUUUAACAGGGUUUUUGUUUUGUGGAAAAAAAAUUAUGAAGCUUGAAUUAAAAUUGAUUGAAAUGUAGGAUUAGGAAAGAAUGGAGUCUUUAGAUAUCUAUGGUGCUUGUGACAGCUUUAGGGUUUGUAAUUUUUCUCACUUCUGAUUAUAUAUGAAUAGAAUGGCAUUGAUUGCAGUGCACUGUUGCAGGAAUCGUAGUGGCUGAAAAUGGAAUCUAUGGAGAUUGAUGAUAUUAAUGAAAGUAAUGGAAGUGUGCCUAGGGAAAGGGAAAAUGGUUUUAAACUUUUUCCGGUUUCGCCUGAGGAGUCUGGAGAAGGUUUGCCAUAUGCUCCGGUGGAUUUUCCUCAGCGUGGGGAUGUUUGGAGAUGGAAGGUGGGAAGGAGAGUUGCUCUUAAUGGCCAUUAUUUGGAUAGAUACCUAUAUCUUCCCAGACGUCUUCGCAAGAUUGAGGUUCCCGCACGUUCGAAAAGUGCGUUUGCUAGCAAACUUUCAGUUGAACGGUAUAUCCGAACAGCACAUCCUGAGGCAGAUGUAGAUGCAUUUUUUGCUUCGUUUAGCUGGAAGAUCCCUGCAAAGAAACUAUCAUUGAUAAAUGCAGCAGAUGCCUUCGUUCGUGAACACUCUGAGGAGACAGAACAUUCCAUGUCUGACCCCCACUCUGAUGGUGUGGCUUGUAAGGCUGGAAAUAAGAAGUGCACCAGUUUACUAGUCAAAGCAGAGAAUGGAACUUUAGCUCCACUUCCUUGUGAUAUUUGCUGCAGUGAACCUCGCUUCUGCCGUGACUGCUGCUGUAUUCUCUGUUCCAGAACUAUUAGCUUGAACCAUGGAGGCUAUAGCUACUUUAAAUGUGAAGCAGUGGUGAAUGAUGGUUUUAUGUGUGGCCAUGUUGCCCAUGUGAACUGUGCUCUUAGAUCCUAUUUGGCUGGGACAAUUGGAGGUAGCAUUGGAUUGGAUGCAGAGUACUAUUGCCGACGUUGUGAUUCAAGGACAGACCUGGUUUCGCAUGUGACAACCCUUUUACAAACUUGUCAGUCCAUAGAUUCUCAAGAUGAAAUUGAUAGGAUUCUAAGUGUUGGUCUUAAAUGUGGGACUUCUGUUGGAGACAUCUGGGAAGUGGAAGAAAAUACUUCAACUAUUUGCACAGGGGUGUCCCUUAGUGGAAAUGCUGAACUGGAUGUUGCAAACCAUCAAGAACCUCUUGAUACUAAACCAGGCUCCUUGCGAAUAUUGUCAAUAUCUUCUGAUUAUUGGAAUGAGUACCUAAAACUUGAGGAUGAAAUUGAACAGGUUCUCCAUGAACUGAAAAGGUCACAGGAGUUGGAAUAUAAAACUGCAGAGGAAACUCUUUUUUCUCAGAAGAAUUAUAUUCGCAAUCUUUAUCAGCAACUUGAUGAGGAGAGGUCUGAAUUGUCACGUCGGACAUCAGGAGCUGGAGCAGAUGCCUUAUUGAAUGCUGUCUUGAAGAGAGUAGAUCAGAUAAAGCAGGAAGUCUUUAAACUCAAGGAAAUGGAAAAAGUUGCCGGUGGAUUCGGAUCUACUCCUAAAGGUAUUCUGAAAGAGCACUUUCAUUUGUCAAUUGAGGAAUAAACCUAUGCAUAUCUAGUAGUUGAAUGUAUCAGAUGCACACCAAAUUUUGCCAUUAAACUGUAACAUUGUUUGAAUUGAUUACCUGUACAUUUGUGGGCAUACCUCUUGCAUAACCCUAAGCAUGAAAGAUAUGCCUUAUGCUAAUGGGGAAUGAAGACUUGAAGAUUGAGAUUGACUCAUUCAUCAGCCAAUAUGUAGAAUUUUAUGCACUGAAUUGUAGAUGCACUGCCGGAAGGGACUGAGGAAUAUGAAUUUAGAAAUUCAGAAUGGAACUGAAAGCCUAUAGAAGCUGUGAUGGCAUUGGUUUGUUUCUCUAUAUGUAUAGAUACCCUGUGCUAUGUUCUUUUAUGGAAAAAGUUACAUUGUCUGCAAAGGAUGCUGGUAUUUGGGAGAACAAUGCUGCUCUGUUGCUCGGUGGAUUUCACAGCUAUGCUUUAGAAGUGCAACCUACCCAGCCAGUGUUUGUUUUGGAGUGCCCUAAGUCUAACCAUUUUAGGUUUUAGAUAUUUCUAGAGCCCAUGAGGGCUUUGGAAAUCAAUUUUAUUUUCUCCAUUUUGAGAGAUUUUGUGAUAAUAUUGGGUUCCAAGAAAACCCUAAAUGUAUAAUUUUUUCAGUGUUCUAAUGUCCAUGUCCUUUGUGGUGCUUUACAAUAUACUAUAUUUCCAGGC